AUGAGUGCUACUGCAUCUACUACACACAUCCCUUACCGCCUCGACGGCAAAGUAGCUCUAGUGACUGGUGCCGGUCGCGGCAUUGGCGCCGCGAUGGCUCUCGAGCUUGGCCGCUGCGGCGCCCGUGUCAUCGUCAACUACGCCAAAUCGUCCGGCCCUGCCAAUGCGCUUGUCGAGCAGAUCAAGAGUCUGGGGACCGAUGCGGUGGCAAUCCAGGCAGACGUCAGUCAGGUGGUGCAGACGGUGCGUUUGUUUGAGGGUGCCGUGAAGGUCUUUGGCGGGCUGGACAUUGUGUGUUCCAAUGCGGGGGUCGUCUCGUUUGGCCACCUGAGCGAAGUCACCGAGGAGGAGUUCGACCGCGUCUUCAAUGUCAACACCCGCGGCCAGUUCUUCGUGGCGCGCGAGGCCUACAAGCACCUCAACUCCCCCGGUCGCAUCAUCCUCAUGAGCUCUAACACGGCAGACUCCUUCACUGUGCCCCGACACUCGCUCUACUCGGCCUCCAAGGGCGCUAUCAACACCUUUGUGCGUUGUCUCGCCAAAGACUGUGGCGAUAAGAAGAUCACAGUCAACGCUGUUGCCCCGGGCGGUACCGUCACGGAUAUGUUCCAUGAGACGGCCAAGGACUAUCUGCCAAAUGCGGAUCAUUUGAGCAAGGAGCAGAUCCUCGAGAUUGUGGCGAAUGUCUCGCCGCUGAAGCGUUGCGGCUACCCGAUUGACAUCGCCAAGGUGGUCUGCUUUCUGGCCUCGAGUGAGAGCGAGUGGAUCAAUGGCAAGGUUUUGGGUCUGGAUGGAGGGGCUGCUUAG